AAGAAUGAUCUCUAUACUCUUUCUUCCAAUGUGUCCUUCAAAGUUAAGAGCAUGCCAUAUAAAGUGCAACCAGCAAACCUCCCCGAGGGAAGCAUAGCAAUCAGAACGUCUGUUAUUUGGUCCACUCCAAAUGUUUCCUUUGUAAUCCCUUUAUGGGUUAUAAUACUAGCAAUACUUCUUGGACUACUGGUACUAGCUAUGUUGACCCUAGCUUUAUGGAAGUGUGGCUUCUUUGACAGAGCUAGACCUCCUCAAGAUGACAUGGCUGACAGGGAACAACUGACAAAUAACAAGACUACUGAUGCAUAGAGGAAGAGAGUGACAGUUCAAGUCAGAAUCCUACCUGAGACUAGAAACACAGUGAGGAUUAAAUGAAGGAUUCCUUCCACCAGUCUUCCUUUGUACCUGCAAGUGACACGGUGGUGUAAUCUGAUCUAUGCAACGUUCUGAGAACAUGCCACAUGAUGGCCACCCUUGCCAAAGAAAGCAGCUUUAUCAUUGCCUUACAAACAUACCACUGAACAGAAUGUUUAUCCCAUAUUCCAGUCAGUCUACAUUUCAGCAAAUGCUUUUGAACACGUGUGGUAUACUGAGAUGCUUCCAGAACAAGCCCAAAUCUCCCAAGGAGAGAAUGCCUGCAUUGCUGUAUUGUCUAGAAGAUGGACUAGGACAAAAUUUCUGAAUGCUACUGUAUCAUGCCGAAUAACUUUGACACCUCCCUAAGAAUAAGAACUUCUACGAAAUUAUGGCUCAGGGAGACAAGCAAUAUAUCAGUACUGUGAAAGUACUUCUGAAAAACAAAGGCAGACUAUAGAGAACUUUACAGAUGGGGCACAAUUAUUUAUUUUUCCACCUUUUCAGGAUAAGUAUCUGAUAUAAUAAUCAACUUAGAUUUUGAGAAGAAAGAAAGAAAAAAAAAUAGAAAUCGUGUACUUAACUUGCAUAUAAACAGAAAAGUAAGCCCAUUGUACCCACAGAACACAUCUUUCUUG